AUGUCCAAGUCUAAAAUUGAUACCCCCGAGAAGAAGCGCAAGCGCGACGCUGAGGUUGCAGAGGAUGCACCAAAGAAGUCCAAGAAAUCUAAGAAAACCGAAGAUGUCCAGGAUGCGCCAGUCGAUGCGACCGAGGUGAAGAGGGAAAAGAAAGACAAAAAGGACAAGAAGUCUAAGAAGUCCAAGGACAAUGUCGACACAUCGGCCAUCGAAGAUGCCUUAGAAGACGCAAAGAAGGACAAGAAGGAAAAGAAAUCGAAAAAGUCCAAGAAGUCCAAGGAUGCCGAUGUCUCUGAGGAUGCGCCAGAGGCUGAGCUUAUCGACGAGAUGAAAUCUUCUGAGAACUUCAUCAGCGUCAACGACGAUGAGCCAAUGCCCGAUGCCACCGAAGAUGCGCCUGCAAAGAAGGAAAAGAAGGACAAGAAGGACAAGAAGGACAAAAAAGACAAGAAAUCGAAGAAGAGCAAGGAUGCUGCCGUUUCCGAGGACACACCUAUGGAAGACGCGGCCGAGGAAACUCAAGCGGAAACAAACGGAGUAGAUGCUGAAUCCAAGGCUGAGAAGAAGGAAAAGAAAAAGGACAAGAAGGAGAAGAAGGACAAAAAAGAAAAGAAGGCAAAGAAGGCGGCGGAAGCAGCGACUAAUGGAGAAUCUCCUGCUGAGGAGCCUAAAGCUGAGACCAACGGUGAAGCCACUGCAGAAGACGCAGAUGUAGAGGUCGAGGGCGGUGCCGAGGUGGAAGUAGAAGGAGAGGAAGUCGAAGCCGCAGUUGAGGCUAACAAGGGUCGUUUCAUCGUCUUUGUCGGCAAUCUUCCCUACAGCGCUACGAAGGAGCAAAUCGAGAAGCAUUUCGAAAAGAUCAAGCCUACCGAGGUCCGUCUCCGCACAUACAAGGGCACCGAAAAGUUCAUGGGCACAUGCUUCAUCGAAUUUGACCGCUACGACCGUAUGGUGACGUGCUUGAAGAAGUACCACCACUCAGUCUUCCCCGAUCCCAAGAAGAAGGAGGGCAGGAAGAUCAAUGUUGAGCUGAGCGCAGGAGGCGGUGGCAACAGUGAAGCCCGCAAAACCAAGAUCGCAGCCAAGAACGAGAAAUUGCACGACGAGCGCGCCCGCGACCGUGUCAAGAAGACCGAAGUCGAAAUGAAGCAGAGCGAGCGCAAGCAGAAGAAGGAAGCCAAGUCAGGCAAAAAGGGUGGUGACGACGCAGAGGCCGCUGAGCCGGAGCAGCCCAAUGAGGCUGCUACUUUUGGCAUGAACCCUGCGCGUUUGGCCAUGAUGCAGGGGCCUGAGCGACCCCAACACAGGUCAAGGUAUUAA